AUCUCCAAUCAGCAGGUGAAAUUGUGCCGGGCCUGAAAACUGAGUGUACGAAUUAUAAUAUUCGUCAAAAACAUAAAAAACUAAAAAAAAAAAUAAAUAAAUAAACUAGUCUUAACAGCUGGGCACAAGCCAUGGUAACGGUUGGACUACUAUCGCGCCUGUUUACUGGCAGCGGCGCAGGCAGCGGCGUUGUCUGCAUGCGUUUGCUCACGCGCAUCGCCAGCCCCAAUAGAUUAAGCCUCAAUCUAAAUCCACGUUGCCUCAGCUUCUUGGGCAGCUUCAACAAGGGAAGCGGCAAGGAAGCAUCGUCGGCAUCACCAACAUUGCCUUUAUCGACAACAACAACAACAACAACUACAAUAUUGUCGCCGCUGCUUGUGGCCAAAUAUCGCAGCUAUGCGCGUCUCAGCAGCAAGUCCACCGCGCACUGUGCCAGCGCCAAUAAAACGGACACCAAAUCCUCAUCAACGGCAACAGUAUCGAGCUCCAAUGAACUGUUUGGAGAAGCGGCGAACAUGGGACUCUUUGCAAAGUUUAAGCACAUGUACAAGCAGUAUUGGUAUGUGCUUAUACCGGUGCAUGUGAUAACAUCGAUUGGCUGGUUCGGCGGCUUUUACUAUCUAUCAAAAAGCGGCGUUGAUGUACCUGCCCUGCUGCAGUAUUUGCACCUAAGCGAGAACAUUAUUGAGAAGGUGCAAGGCUCCGAUAUGGGACACUAUGCGAUUGCCUAUCUUUGCUAUAAGGUGGCAACGCCGGUGCGCUAUGCAGUUACAUUGGGUGGCACAACGAUCUCCAUCAAAUAUCUGGUGCAAUGGGGCCAUAUUAAGCCCAUGCCAACCAAGAGCCAGCUGAUGAAAAUGUACGAGGAUACAAAGGCCACGCGUGCCAGUGCCAAGGCCAACAAGGAUGAGAAUCACAAAUGAUCGUUGGUUAUUGGGCGUCUACGUCGCUGCCGCCGCCUGUUGUCGUCGUUGUCGCUUCCCAUGCGGCGUUCAGUUGGCUAGUUGUAUUUUUUGUUAAACUGUUGCACGUUGAUUCAGGCCAAGUGUCGAUUCUGGAAUUUAAGUUUCUCGCCCAGACGCAUAUGUAUACAAUACAACUGAAUAACCAAUAAUUAACGACGCUGCCUCCGUUUGAGAGAGGAUAACACAACCAAUACAUCAAUAUUUCAUAUAUAUA